GGCUUCAACAUGAAAGCACUGAGCUGGAAGUAUUUCCAAGGCCUAGGUCUUCCAUGUUUUCUCGCAAKUUUUUUGUUUUUAAUCUGCAUCAAGACUUGCGUGUGUCAAAAUGACAAUAUCAGACCAACGCCAGAUUCCUUUCGUCCAAGACCAGCCAGCAGCCCAGUCCACCRUCCCCCUUCAAGAUCAGCUCCUGAUCGGCAUCCCUCAUCCGCUUAUCCUCCAGAAAUACGACCCAGUGCAUCUCGGGAUCCCAUUGAUCGGUCACGUGCUCCUCACKCAAGCGUGUUGCCUGGUCAACCGAGAACUACCACAGCUGCUGUCUGCAAAGAUGGCUCGUGUGACGCAACAAACCAACCCAGCCCUUCUCCAUCGAAUACGCCAGAAUCCAGUAAAUGCCUAAUACUUGAACCUGGUAAAGCGAUGACAGAAUCAAUUCCCCUGCGCGCAGGCCUAGUAGCCGUAAUACUCGAUUCACGUUACCAAGGGGCCUGGCAGUAUUCCUUUGAUAAUAACUACUGGAAAGUGGCCAUAUGUCCGCCUGGACAAGAUCUUGUGCUGUCUGUGAGAAGCUUUCUAAGGUAUGACAUAGAYGACAUCAAUGCAUGCAUGACCGCUGUUUUGAAGACCAUUGACUCAUUUAUGGAUAAGAUGAACUAUGUAUACAGUGGAUUGCUCGAUGUAAUUUACAAAGCGUUUGAAAUAACCAAAGAAAAGGAGGCAGUCACGAUAGAUGGAUUGCUUACCACUCUUCAGCAACUAAGACGAACCGUCGAUAGGCAAUUUUUGAUACAUGUUACRAGAGCACAAGACAUUUUAGAAAAAGUCAAAAGUAUAUGCGUUGGCAAAAUGAAGAAAAAAACCUUUUUUAAAUGGUAUGAUAAAACCAUUUCUCCAUAUGUAAAAAAG